ACAGCUAAAUGUCAACAGUCAGCACCAUUGGCCAUGUUGGUCUCUUCUUCAGAUAAAAUGACCAGAAAACCCAACACCCACUUCCAUCCCCCAACCAAGCCAUUGGCACAUUGUCUUUGUCCCUUUCAUUGUCUCACUUCUGAUUGGCCAUCACUUUCAGCAUAAUAUUUAGAAAAAGAGCCUUGCUUUGGCGGCAGCAGAAGCGCCCACAAUCUCCUUUUUCACCAAUCACAGCUUAGCUGCUUUGACCUCUCUUUUUCUGUCUGCCCUCACCCUGCUUAUUCUCUGUUUCAUAGAUAUACAGUCAGUACAAAAGAGUUGGCAUAUUUCUAUUCAUUUCUUUCGCGCACUCUCUCUUUGUUCUCUUUGCUUUUGCUUUACCCUCUAAAUGGAUAUUAAAAGCAAAGAAAAAAAAGCAUAAGAUUUCCCCACUUUUAGCACUCUAAUUCUCUAGAAGUUCUAUGUUCUUCCUCUGUUUUAGCUCCUUCAUGGAUUUACAGUGUUUUCCAGCUUUAAGUCUUUUAAUCUAUGAUUUGGGUUUUUGAAUUUGGAGCUGUAUAUUGGGUUUCUUGUUUUAACUUGUUGUUGUUGUUGUUGUUGUUGUACGUGAUUUUGGAUCUGCCAUGGAUGUCUAGGGGUUUUCAUCUAUACAUCAAGAUCUGCUUUUUAAUUUUAAUUUUAAUUUUUCUUACUGCUUCAUAAAUUUUCCUUGGGUUUUGGAAAGUUGUGCUUUUUGAGAUUCCUCAAUUUAAUCUUUAUGUGAAAAAGGGUACUCGGAUUCCAUAAUGCUUUCAUGAUUUGAUACUUCUUUGGUCAUUUAAAACAGUCACUUCUCUGCAUUUUUCUACCUUGGUUUUUCUCUCUCUUUGAACAUUUCAUUCAAAGAGGGAGAAAAGCAAAAGCUUUUUCUCUCUGUGUGUGUGUGUGUGUGUACGGGCAAAUCAUCUGUGGCAGUUACAUAACUAGAAAAAAAAAUUAUGAUGAAUAGGGGCCUUGAAAUUCUCUCUCCAGGCUCUUAUUUACAGACUUCCAAUUGGUUGUUUCAAGAGAGCAAAGGUACUAAAUGGACUCCUGAAGAGAACAAGUGUUUUGAAAAUGCUCUGGCUUUAUAUGACAAAGACACCCCUGACCGAUGGUUUAAGGUGGCAGCUAUGAUUCCAGGAAAAACAGUUGGAGAUGUGAUCAAACAGUACAGAGAAUUGGAAGAGGAUGUUAGUGAUAUAGAGGCGGGGCUGAUACCAAUUCCUGGAUAUAGCAGUGAUUCUUUUACAUUGGAGUGGGUUAAUGAUAGUCAUGGCUUUGAUGGAUUUAGGCAGUAUUACACUACAGGUGGAAAAAGAGGGACAGGGACUCGACCUUCUGAUCAAGAAAGGAAGAAAGGGGUGCCAUGGACUGAGGAAGAACACAGGCAAUUUCUAAUGGGUCUUAAAAAGUAUGGUAAAGGAGAUUGGAGAAAUAUUUCACGCAAUUUCGUGACGACUAGAACACCAACUCAGGUGGCAAGUCAUGCUCAAAAAUACUUCAUCAGGCAACUCACUGGAGGGAAGGAUAAGAGGAGGUCCAGUAUCCAUGAUAUUACAACAGUUAACAUCCCUGAUACCCCGUCUUCUUCACCAGAUCAUAGCAGGCCUUUGUGUCCUAAUAAUUCUUCUGCAGUCGUACAGCCACAGCAGCAGCUAAAAGUGGCCGGGGUAACUAAAGAGCUAUUUGAUUUUGAGUGGAAGCAACAAAAUGAAGGAGCAGCUAUGGUUUUCAACCAGACGAGUGGCAAUGCCUUCCUGUCCCCUUUCUGUGGGGUUUCUUCACAUGCACCCAAGCUGGAGGAACAAAAUUUGCUAAGAGGACCUCUUCCCAGAUCUCAAUUUGGAUCUUAUAACACUCUUUUUCCAAUGCAGUCAAUGCAACGUCCCUAAAUUCAUUGAUGAAGUGGGAAGAGUUUCUUGAGGUAUUAUAAUAUUAAUUAAUAUGAUGAAAUCAAGCCUAACAGUGAUGUUAGCUAGCUUUGUCCAAGCCACGUGUAUAUCUUGAAGAUGCAAUUAGUCCAUAUUUAUCACUCUAAAGAGCUAUCAGUCAGGUGGUUUUGUGAUUUAUCAUUCAAACUCUGGAUCAUUGAACCAAAGGAAGCUUAUUUACAUGAAGCUUGAGCUUUUUCAUUAAUUCUAAUGUAUUAUCUGUCUGUUGUCACCAAUUAUUCUUAGAUUGAUUGCGUUUGUUCUAUAGAUACCGCCAUGUGGGUCAGAGUACUCUGCAAAAUGACAGACUCUACUAUAUAGGCUUUAAACUUGAUAAUAGACCAAUAAUUCAGAUGUCCUUGCUUCAACUGUGAUGUUGUGCACCUUGAUUUCACAUCAUGGACAAGGUGAAUAAA